AUGGCGUCAAGUCCUGGCCAACCGUUUCCGGUCUCGCCCUGGCACGGAGCGACGUAUGACACCCUUUCGGAUCAAGAGACCGAGCUCCCUCUGACAAACACCUUUGCUGAGACGAACUAUCCUCGGCGUCAGUCCUCUCCCAAUUUUCAGUUGAGCGAUGCUCCUCUGAACCCGAGGCUGCCCCUGCUCCUGUUGAACGACGCGGAUACUCUGGUGUAUAUCGAUCCCGCUCCAGAGGACCGCACCAGGAACAACAUUUUGACCCCCAGCAUCCCUCACCGUGUUCGUAGUGAGAAAAUCUUGGCCACCGGUUCAAUCUACUUCGAGCGACUUUUCAAGCCGCGGCACCAGACCCGGGUGCGAAAGCACCGAGGUCUUGCUACCAGGCUUCCGCCUGGCAUCAAAUACGUGAUCGAUCUGACUCCUCCCACCUUGGAUGAAGAUGCGAUCAUCUUUCUGACCGAAGUGUCCUGUCCGAUGGGGAUCCGGACCUGGGCUUUGUCCAGGGUAAAGUGGCGACUACCCCCGUCCUGCAUAGGAGGUGAGGACGAGAUGGAUGUGCUGCCAUUCACCCCCGAGAGCCCAACGGCGCCGGGGCAGAUGGCCACACCCGUAGGCGAGGACGACAUCUUCAAUUUGGAGACCCCUGGGGUGGAAGACGAAGGUACCAGUAUGGCAGAAGGAGAAAACCAGCCAGCCAGGCCUCAGCAGCCGCUCCGGACUAGUUUGCCACUUGAGUAUUCGGCAGUGCGGCAUCGAGAAGGCAUCGAGAAGAUCUUGCACGUUUUGGAGGGGUUGAAUGCGACGCUGGACACUCCGUCCAAGCUUUGGACCUUCUUCGCAAUCGCCAAGCUUCUUGAUGUCGCCAAAGUCCCCGCCGUCAGUGGGUACAUCAUCUCUUGGUUCUAUCACUCCUCCAACAUCCGAUUUAUCGAGAUCCACCCGGAGAUCGCAUACCGCGUGGCUUGUGGGAUCAAAGCAUCCAACCUCUGCCGAGACUCCUUUGUUGGGCUGGUCGGAGACGAGGCUCUCCUCUAUCUGAUGCGCGAUGCACGGCUGGCACCGCUCGCUUCAUGGGUGCCCACCUUUGAUCGCAGCCGGAUUGCAGAUUUUCUAGACGACACAGAGGUACAGCGCAUCGAGUACGCCAGCAAGAGCUUCGUCGACGAAAUUAUCGGCCACUUCUUGCAACUGGCUGGCACCGACAUGCUCUGGAUGACGGAGAUUGACGAGUUUGGAAAAUUAGCUCAACACCUGCGAGACUUUCCUUGCGAUGAAGACAUGGUAUACCAGAUAGUGACUAUGUUGAAAGACUACGUCCGGUCCAGGAUCUACCAAGUUUUACUAGCCGCCAGGGAUCCACGGCGAUCGUGGGACGUAGCCCCACCGAACGCGGAGGAAACGGACAGUCACAUAUUUCACCGGUCAUCGGUCCUUCAACGCGUCAUUGGCAGGUAUUUCUGGUUAGAUCUUCUUAAAUUAGACCUGUCUAUGGUCACCUACCGGCGCCAAGAACCCCAUUCGUCAAUUGCUCAAAUAGGGAAUGGAAUGAACGCUUUUCAAGGCCAGGAUAAGGCUUGGAUUGGCCAUCUUCCUAAAAUUGAGGUCGAGCAGAAAGUCCGCGAGUUCAACCUGAGUCUCCUAUCUCGAGCAGCCAAUCCGCCUGUAAACCCGAAAGGAUACAGCGCUCAGGCUACAAAUGAGAACCACUUGCGGAAAUUUACCGUCAACCUGGCCCGGCCGUUCAAAGCUACUCGGCCCUCUGUUUCAGACGGAUACGACAAGCCUCUGACUGUCAAUCUACGACACGCGCAUCCUUCGCCACCCAAUACAGAAGGCUCGACUUCAGCUUCAACUGAUAGACACCUGACUGUAAACCAGCGCCUUCCGCAGCCUGACGAAGACUUUUCUAGCGGGGACUCUAACAUGAACGAAAGGACCUUCGAUCUGACCCUUUUCCUCACGAGUGUCGGCACACAUGUCAGCCGGCUCUCGCGAAAGUUAUUAUAUCCUUAUGGAAUACCCGUAUCACAGCUCCUCGCCACUGACACUCUUUGCUGUUUGACAGACAACCAGUUUCGAUUUCUGCCUUUGUGGGCAGGUGGUAAUGACGAUGGAACCGGGGGCGUCUUCACAGACCAUGACAUCCCUGUAGUCGAAACCGGUGGCUUCUCGGCACCGGGCCCAUCUGUGCACACCGGCAGUGUUUCGUCCACCUAUACAGAUAGUUCGUUCAGUGAGAUCGACCCGAGCGACUCCCGAAGCACCAUUCACGGCGCGUCUCACCAUGCCACGUACUCCCAUGCCUCGGAUCUCAUUUCGGUGGACUCCCUUGAAAAGCUAUCCAGGGAUAAUUGUAAGGCUCCAACUCAGAGCCAUUCCAUCCCUCCGUUUCUGCCUUCUGCUGUGUCUGCCGAUGAGGGCGAUUUCGAUAUCCAGAGCAAUGGAGGCAGCACCGUGGUUAUGGGCUCGCCGCAGCUCUCCGACAUUGACGAUGAUGAUAUCGAUAUCGAUAUGGAGCACCCCGACGUCGAGCACCCCAACAUCAAGAAUGAUGACAGCGAUAAUGAUUUUGAGCUGGUGGAUUUACCCCGAUUCUGA